GCGAGAGAAUAAGCAAAAUCACGAAAAACAUAAAAUGACAAUCCGUUCGAAUGUCUUCAAUCGAAAAUUAGCAGUUGUAGGCGAACUGGGGUCUAGUUUGUGUACUUGAAGCAAUCAAAGCGUUUCUUGGUGGUACAGUUGUGUGUGCAUUUGACUAUAAACUUAUUUCCUAGUGGUGAUCAAGGUUAAAGUCUAAAUUUCAUUCGAUCUUAAUAAUUGAUCUCUUUUCUUGGCCAUAAAGCAAAGGCAGAUCAUAGAUAGAUUGUGUCUACCUAGAAGUAAUAUCCAAGUGGAAGACUAAAUAAUGAAUUACGAUGUGCUAUUGAAUCGCACUGGCUUCGGGCGUUUAAACGCCAACCAACAAAUGCGAAGCGUUUCUGAGAGUGAAGGUCAGCAAACCUAUCGCCAUAUUCAGCAGCAGAAUGAAACACCUACCAGAAGUGUUCUCUCGGAUCUCGCGCGGUUGGAUGUUGGUUCCAGUCAACAUGGAAGCACUCGUGGUACUCCAGUUAGAGCGGGUUAUCCAGCGAUGGGUAGUGGUGGAGAGGAACUGAAAGUUAAAGUCGAAUCAAAGCUGAUGACCAUGUGGAACAACGUCAAAUUUGGUUGGACUGGUAAAAUGAAAACGAGUUUCUCAAAGGAACAACCGCUGUGGUUGUUAGGCCGAUGUUAUCAUCAGAAGCCUACGCCUGGACCCUCGAUGGAAAGUUCGGUUGAAUUGAGCACCAAUGCCGAAACGAAUCAAUUGGUUUUCGAAAGCAUUCAACAGCCUUCGGAAAUUUUCGUAGAAUCACCACCCGAGGAGACUGGAACUGAUGCGAUUGAAGAUAGCAGCCCUGAAUCGAUAGUCGAGGAAGAGGGUAUCGAAGCAUUCAAACGAGAUUUUAUUUCACGGCUAUGGCUAACAUACCGGAGGGAAUUCCAAACUAUGGACGACUCCAAUUACACUUCCGAUUGUGGCUGGGGCUGUAUGAUUCGGUCUGGACAGAUGCUUUUAGCCCAAGGGCUAAUGAUGCAUUUUCUAGGACGUCAUUGGCGUUGGGAUGCGAACGCAGAGAGCUUAAAAUUGAACUUCAGCUCACUAAGUUACGAGGAUAACAUUCAUCGCAAGAUUAUACGAUGGUUCGGAGAUACAUCUUCGAGGACGAGUCCCUUUUCGAUACAUACACUGGUUGGUCUAGGGAAGGAAACCGGUAAGAAGCCUGGUGAUUGGUAUGGUCCUGGGGCAGUGGCUCAUUUACUCAAACAAGCAGUAAAGAUGGCUGCUCAGGAAAUCACUGAUCUCGACGGCAUCAAUGUGUAUGUAGCGCAGGACUGUGCAAUCUACAUUCAGGACAUCAUUGACGAGUGCACAAUUUCCACCGCUCCGAGUGUCGCUCCGUGGCAAAAGAAAUCACCUUCUGCUGGAAAAUGUGAAUCGCCUUAUCUGUCUUUACAUGUCGCUCCGCGUUGUCCGAGUACAGCUAACGCAAACUCGGAAGCAAACAAAGCGGGUGUUCCAGAUAUCGAAGAUACAAUACAUUGGAAAUCGUUAAUACUCCUAGUGCCGUUGCGUCUUGGGACAGAGAAACUGAACCCAAUUUACAACGAUUGCCUCAAGGCAAUGCUCAGUUUAGAUAAUUGCAUAGGAAUAAUCGGUGGGCGGCCGAAACAUUCACUAUACUUCAUCGGGUACCAAGAGGACAGAUUAAUCCAUCUUGAUCCGCACUACUGUCAGGAUAUGGUUGAUGUCAAUCAGGAGAACUUCCCCGUAUCAUCGUUCCACUGCAAGUCGCCUAGGAAAAUGAAACUCGGCAAAAUGGACCCCAGCUGCUGCAUUGGUUUCUAUUGCGAAACAAAGAAAGACUUCUUCAAAUUCGUUGAUAACGUGAAACCUUUUCUGCUGCCGGUAAAGCAAACAAUGAGUAGCAGCUUCACCAGCGCUAGCGGGUUGAAUCAGUUCAAUGAGAUUACAUAUCCGAUGUUUGUUUUCUGUCGAGGCAAAAGCAGCGAACAGCAGAUCGAUCUACCUCCGCGGCCUGUCUAUCGAUCACCACCGGCUCCACCACCACUUUCCUCACAGAGCGGCUCCCAAUCCCAACAGUUCGAUUUACAGGACGAUGAUGACGAUGACGACGAUGAGGCGAUUGAGUUUGUAAUUUUGUGAACUCAUACAUUGUUUGUUUGAUUAAUUUUCGCUGCAAGCACGGAAAUAUUUGCUGAUAAUAGUCUAUCUUCGGUUGGAGCGCAACAUUCCUUGAAAUAGCUUCGCUAAUUGCCCUUCAUUAGAACCCACUCGAUAUACCGUAAUCGUGUUCAUACAGCCACUUACAUUCGAGCCGCUUCCGACAUAUUGCAAUUGAGGGAUCCCCAGAUUUUCAGUUAGUUGUGGUAACCCACGCGGAUGUAAUGAAAUUAGAGUAUUUUUUGGAUCUAGAAACUGUCAUCAUUUACUGUAGAAGAGAGUAUAGUUAGUUUUAAUCGUUCGUAUGAGUUAGAAUAGCGACCCAACGCAGUUCCCUUGAAUAGGGAUUUCAUGUUUCCUGCAAGGAAUAAGAUAACGGUAAUGUGUACUUAUAACGAAUAUGCAAAGCUUCAUUAUUAACAUAUUGUAGCCACCCACCCAUAGAUUUUAGCUAGAGCCAUUAAGCGUAGUCUUUUGCUAGCAUCUUUAUGCUCGAAGCAAUUUCCAUAGAGAUUUGCGAAUCGUUUCGUAGUACACUAUUGGCUCCUUACCAUAAGAUCUCGAUUUUUGAAAAUUACCAAACAUGUUUUAUGUUGAGCUAUUAAUAUAUAAGUCGCCUAUUUAUGAAAUAUUUCAAACAAAUGUGUCUUUUUCCAGAACGUUUUGCUCAUAUUAAAGAGAAUAUGUUUUAUUUGUGUAAAAAAAAUAAAGCUAGUAAGAAUGCUUGCAAGUGUCGUGCACCUUCGUGAGCUGUAACUAUGAUAA